AUGGCACCGCAGCCGCCCGCCCCAGUGGCGCAGUCGCGUCCAUGGCCAGCGGCAUCGCCGCCAGCACUUCUCAUCGCCAUCAUCGACCUGCACCCGCUCGCAUGGUCGCUGCUCUCCAGCCUCGCGCCAGGACCAGAGCCUGUCCACACCCAUGCCGACAAGGAGAAGGAGAAGGCCCCCAUAUCGCCCAUUUCGCUCGAGGAGUUUGUGACCAUCCUUAUGGUCUUUCUCAAUGCACACCUCGCCAGCAGAUGGGGCAACGAGGUGGUCGUGUACGGUGCGACGGCAGGGAAGGCUGCCCUCCUGUACCCACCCCCGACCGAGGCUGGUCCUUCGCGCCCCAACCCCAACAUCUACCGUCCCUUCCAGCUCCUCGACUCGCAGUUUGAAGCAAGGCUAAAGGCAGCAGUAGCGGAGGAGGAGCAGCGUUUGGAAGCGGCCGGCGGCAGUGGCCUCAAUGACCCUCCAUCUCUUGUUUCUGCCUUGACAAAGGCGCUGUGCUACAUCAACCGCAGGCGACCACCCGAGGCGGCGGCGUCCUCGCUCACUGCCGACACCAAUGGCACACAAACGUCCAACCCCGAGGCGCUCGAGUCGCGUAUUCUUGUUUUGAAUGCCACGCCUGGAGGAGCCGAGGACGCGGCUGCAGACAGCGGCAAGACGGCCAAGGCGUCUGGUGGAAGUGGCGGCCAAAGGGGCUAUGUGGGCCUCAUGAACUGUGUGUUCGCCGCACAGAAGGCGUUUCACGGGGACAGGAAACUGGCCUGGACAUGGCCACCUGGUAGCCAACAACUUUGUUCUGACGGACAGAAAAUCCCCAUCGACGUUCUCACCCUCCCACCCGAGAGCACCAAGACGGCACCGCCCAUCUUCCUCCAGCAGGCCGCCUACCUCACAAAGGGAAUCUACUGGCGGUGGAAUGGUCGUGGUGGCCUCUUGCAGUAUCUCCACUCCAUCUACCUCCCACCAGCGUCGCUCCGCCUCCACCCCUUCACCCUCCCUCCACAGGAUGCGGUCGACUUCCGCGCCGUGUGUUUCUGCCACCAUGAUGUCGUCGACGUCGGCUUUGUGUGCAGCGUGUGCUUGAGCAUUUUCUGUGAAGCCAAGCCCCUGUGCAAGAUGUGCGGAACCCGUUUCCCAGUCAAGGCCCUUGCGACUCUCAAGCAGCUCGUGGCCAACGUGGAGCCUAUCCCUGUCCCUGCCACGGUCCCGCCGCCGCGCCUCACCAAGCCCAAGCCGCCAGCUGCAGCUGCCAACGGCGGCGCGGGCGGCUCGUCUGCGUCUGCGUCUGCGUCUGCUCCGGGACACGCACCGGUCGCAUCGGGGAAUGGCGAGCCGGAGGUGAUCGUCAUUGACUAG